CGACGAAUGUGUCAUGCACACUACGAAGGCGGGACGUGCAAGACUGGCCGCAUAACAGACAUGACAAUACUUUUGACAGAAGUUUGUAUAAUUUGCUCCGUUUUUAAUUCGAGUUUUUAACAAUCAUGGUUGUCAAUUCAGUGCAUUGGUUUCGGAAAGGCUUGAGGCUUCACGAUAAUCCGGCUCUCCAAGAGGCGUUGGAUGGUGCGGACACUGUACGUUGCGUUUAUGUGCUGGAUCCUUGGUUUGCUGGGUCGGCUAACGUGGGAUUUAACAGAUGGAGGUUUUUACUUGAGUCUUUGGAGAAUCUGGACGCUAGUCUUCGACAAUUGAAUUCAAGGCUUUUUGUGGUCCGGGGACAGCCAACAGAUGUAUUCCCACGUCUAUUCAAGGAGUGGAACGUCAACCGUCUGACCUUUGAGUACGACUCCGAGCCUUAUGGGAAGGAACGGGAUGCUGCUAUCAUCAAGAUGGCUCGGAAUUUUGGAGUGGAGACCAGAGUGAAAAACUCACACACCCUCUACAACUUGGACAGGAUCAUCGAGCUGAACAACAACAGUCCCCCACUGUCCUUCAAACGGUUUCAGGCCCUUGUUCAACGGCUUGAGCUGCCCAAGAGACCCCUGCCGACUGUAUCUGCCAGCCAGAUGGACAGCUGUACGACGCCGGUUGCAGAUAACCACGACGAGUUUUACAGCGUUCCCUCGCUGGAGGAGCUGGGCUUCAAGACGGCUGACAAGAGCCAAGCAGUGUGGAAGGGAGGCGAGACGGAGGCUCUGCAGCGGCUGAACGGGCACACGGAGAAGGAAUGGAUGACGAGCUACGAGAGGCCUCGCAUAACUUUGUGCUCCCUGAUGGCAAGUCCCUCAGGCUUGAGUCCUUACCUCCGCUUUGGCUGUCUGUCCUGUCGAACGCUCUACUACAAACUCCGAGAUCUCUACAUGAAGGUGAGAAAGCCUGUGGCACACCGGCGGGUCCAACCCCCCCUGUCCCUCUACACCCAGCUGCUGUGGCGGGAGUUCUUCUACACGGUAGCCACGCGCAACCCUGCGUUCGACCGCAUGACGGGCAAUCCCAUCUGCAUCCAGAUCCCCUGGGACAAGAACCCGGAAGCGCUGGCCAAGUGGGCCGAGGGACGGACGGGAUUCCCGUGGAUCGACGCCGUCAUGACCCAACUGCGGCAGGAGGGCUGGAUCCACCACCUGGCCCGGCACGCCGUGGCCUGCUUUCUGACCAGAGGUGACCUCUGGAUCAGCUGGGAGAGUGGCAUGAAGGUGUUUGAGGAGAUGCUGCUGGACGCUGACUGGAGUGUGAACGCGGGCAGCUGGAUGUGGCUCUCCUGCAGCUCCUUCUUCCAGCAGUUCUUCCACUGCUACUGCCCCGUGGGCUUCGCCAGGAGAAUAGACCCCUCUGGAGACUACAUCAGGAAAUACAUCCCCAUACUGAAGGACUAUCCCAACCGCUACAUCCACGAGCCGUGGAACGCCCCCGUGAGCCUGCAGAAGGAAUGCAAGUGUGUGGUGGGGGUGGACUACCCCAGACCCAUGGUCAGACACGCAGAGACCAGCCGCCUCAACAUCGAGAGGAUGAAGCAGGUCUACCAGCAGUUCUCGCAGUACAAGGGGCUGAGUUUGCUAGCGCUGGUCCCUCCUAUACCAGAGGAGGCUGAGUCAUCCGUGCUCACGGGCUCCACAGCGCACACCGGCUCCAAUGAUGGCUCAAUCGGUUCAGCUUCAUCUCGCAGGAAGAGGGAACGCCCCUUUGACUUGCAGGGUUCCCAGGGGUGCGUCGAGCCCAAGCUUCAAUGCAGCAGUCUGGACAAAGACCCCCACAGAACCGUGACACACUAACAGUUGCUUUGGAGGAGCUGUAGAUGCUGGCCUCGUACACCCUGCUCAUCACUGGAGCGGUGGAGUGUCACGCUCUCCUGCUCCCCAAGAUGAAGGGAGAUACAUUUUGUUAAGAUGCACCUUACCUGUCAAAAAGCAGCCUUCCAUAACUUCUUUUAACUUUUAAUGUGUGGUAUCUGCACCAUUGUAUUUACUCUGCAAUCCAAUGGGUUGCUGCUGGUCAUUCAGAUUAACUCACUUUGUUGUGUUAGCCAUUGCUCAGAGCAAUCGCUGUAGAAACAUAUGUAUUAACAUAUGUAUCAACAUAUGUAUUCUAUAGUCUUCGGCUUAGAGUGUUGUGAUAAUCUUGUAUAUGUUGUUUUCUGAAUCAGUUAGAAAACUUUUUUUUUAGUACUCAUUCUUUAUUAUAUGUUAGAGAGAUAACGACAGAGAGUCCUAGACAGUACGUUGCACAGACGCAUAUUCCAUGCAUCUUAACAGCCACUUCAGAUGGUGUUGACCAAGUUAGUUGUGGCUUUUGCACUCUGAAUGUAUAAGGGUGGGGGGCCAGGGUAUAUCCAAUACACAUCAGCACAGAGAAAAAGGACAAAAAAAAGUCAUAUUUAAAUCUCAAGUAAUAAACUAAAGGCAGAAAAAAACACUAUAUGCAGCACUGCACAGAUGUAGAGACUGGUGGAAGGGCAAGCCAAACGUUAUAGUGAAGGUACAUACGUAAUAGUGUGAAGCUUUUUGCAUGUCAGAUUACUUUAAGUAUGCGGUGAGAAUGAUGAGAACCAAACUAAGCUUAGGUUGACCUUUCCCGACCUUUCCGACACGUUCUUAGCUCCAGACCCGUGCCUUACAACAGUCUUUGCACACUCAUGGAGAAGGGCCAUAAAACAAGAGAGCAUGCGUGAGAGAGCGAGAGAGAGCGAGAGAGAGCGAGAGAGAGAGAGAGUGUGUUUGUUUUCUGUUUUUGUUUUUCGUGGACUGUCUGUUGUUUACGUAAUUGUGUUCAUGUGUAUCACCUAGCUCAUAGUGAGUACUCUGCAGGGGGAUUUCUUGAGGUGGUGUUGCAUGCUGACAUUUAAAAACCCAUUGUAAUGCAGUUUACUUUGUUUGACUAGGAUGUUCCCUAUAUUUUUAUUAAGUACAGUAAUACAAGUACAACGAAUGAAUCCAUCUAUUAUUUUCCAAGCGGCUUUCGUGAGGAGAUCCUAUUUUGUUUAGUAAUGUCAUAUUUUAAAGGCUCUCUGCUGGAUAUUAUAUGCAUGAAUAUGUUUAAUACAUACAAUGUAAAACCACUGGUCUGUACCCCCUACAGUUAAGAACAUUAUAGCCUGCUAAAUUAUAAAAGUGUAACCUACCUAAACGAUGAGGAACUGUCAGAUAAAAAAAAUGCAACAGAUGAGCGCUCGUAAUUCUAUUUUAGUAUCAUUUGCUUGGUGUGUGUGUCCAUUCACACUCCAGAUUCCCGCUAUAUGCUUUAGAGGCCAAAGGAAGGGUCCCUUUCAAUUUAUGAAGUGUGUGUAUGUGUGUGUGUAUUAUUGUGUGUGCUCAGGUGUAGCUAUAGUGUUUGCGCAUUGUUUGACCCCCAAGCUAAUGUCCAUUUAGGUCAAUGCAUGUGUAAGCAAUACAGAUAUAUGGAAAGAUGUGUGAUGUUAAGGCAGUUCAACAUCCAUGUCCAAGUCAUGCUUAAAAACAUUCUGGGGAGGCUCAGUUCGUCAUGGCACAACUUUACAUGUACGUGUGUGUGUGUGUAUGUGCUACAAUUAAAGUUGUAUGCUUCGGCAGGCAAUUAGUGAUUUAAGUCCAUAUGUAUACACUUAACACUAGACAUGAAAUAGGCAGGUCUCCAAAUCCAGAAUCCAAAGAUAUUGAUGGAUGGAAUUGGAUGGACUUUGAUGCAUCCUGUUCACAUGGAUGCCAUCGAAUGUUGGAGCAGACACGUGUGUGGGUUCCAGUUUCCAGAGUUAUUCAUCUUCAUGUGUAGAGUUGUCUGGAAAAAAAUACGAUGGAGGUUUUCACCUUCUGUAAUUAAGGAUAAAGACUUUAGUUGAUCCUGCUGAAUGUAGGAUUUGUCUUACUGACACCACCCCCCCCCUCCCCCCCCCCAAUCUAAAACUGCUUUUUGCACAGCAAAUCACACUGAGCCACAGUGGAACAGUAGCCCUUCCCAGAGAUAUUUCCGAGGCCUCUUGUCUGGUUGGCAUUGUGUCUGGUUUCAGCUUUAGUUUUCAGUUGAAUGGCAGCUUUGGAAUACUGACUGUGAAGUAACGUCAGCACAUCAUUGUUUCAUUCAGUGUGUGUGUGUGUGUGGUGUGUGUGUGUGUGUGGUGUGCGUGUGUGUGUGUGUGUGAGUGUUUUAAGCUAAAAUAUAUGUGAGGGAGAGCUUUUUAUUUGUACUCCUAGAGUACGCUCUAUGAAAGUAGACUCUAGAAUAUGUUUGUAAAUAGUAACUAUUUAAAGGUGAAUCAUUUCAGGUUUUUGUAUUCCAGUGUAUGUGAGGCCGAGGCCUCCAGCACAGUGCACAUUGCUUUGUGUUUGGUUUCGUCUUGCCCUUUGUAAGCAGUACAGUCUGAGGAGGGCCUGAUUAGGCUGCUUUCACCUGUAGCACACAUUUGUUAUUGAAAAAAAACCCUCUCUACAUUCUUGCAUCAGCAUGCAAACCUAAUAUGUAUCCCUGAGAGGUGUGGGGUGGCCAUGAAUAUUUUAUCUGGUUUGUCUUGGCGUACUUAGAGCCAGCAUGGUUAUAACAGCGUAGUGCUCAUCAUUCGAGAUGAGGUAGCAUGACCCUUCAGAGACUCCAUUGUUGGUCAAAGAAAAUGUUGCUAUGGCCUCUCUCUGCCUUUAGUAUCAAAUUGCAAUUGCUCCUUGUUAACAAAGUGGCAAGGAAAUAAAUCUUAUAAGCAGAAAGUGAAUCGCUGCACGAAUAUGCAAGUCUUUUUAAAUACUUGUUCUCAUAUGAUGACAUUGUAACCCAAGAGGUACUGAAACAACAAGAUGAAUUCAACAGAAUUUGUUCUCAGAUCAGAUGUUUCUUUUUUGUAUGAAGUCAACCAGAUGCUUAACUGCAUUGUGUUUGGGUCAUUCAUUUUGUAAUGAUGUAUAAUAAUUUUGUUUUCAUUUCUACUUCAUUUGUUAAAAUGUUAAAUAUUUUCCUCUCUAAUUAAAUUUCCUCCAAAGCCA